AUGGGUGGAAUAUCAACGGAUGGCUGGUCAAACGACGUCGCUGCCGCGCACACUCUCUUCUCUGGCAAUGAACCUUCAACAGACGAACCUAUUACCGCCAAUAUAAACCCCGAAGACGACGUAAUGGACUACCACACCUCCGAACUGUGGCACAUCCUCCAAGACACCGGUCACGGCCCCGAGCGAAUCCGCCCCCUUCUCGAACAAGGCGCGAAUCCCAAUAAACUCCACAAGGGGUACACGGCCCUACACCUCGCCACAACUUCCGGCUCUAUCUCCAGAAUGCAAGUCCUACUUGAGUACGGCGCACAGGGGUCAGUCCGCACCCAACCCCACGGAGAGACGGCGCUACACCUCGCAACGUUCAGCUUCGAUCUCGACAAGAUGAAACUACUUACCUCGACUACGGACAUCAACGCCCAAAACGCCGGCGGCGAUACCGCAUUACAUCUGGUCAUCACGAGGGGCCAUUCGCUAGAGGCCCUAAAGAGCCUCCUUGGUCAUCGUGCAUCGGCAAAUAUUCGCGGUCGGUUGGGCCGCACGCCGCUUGUCUACGCUCUGUAUUUGUGCCAGCAACGCGUGGCCGAGGUGUUGCUCGAGGCCGGCGCUGAUCCGAAUAUUGCGGAUAGUCAAGGGCGGGCUGCUCUUCACUAUACUGCUGCUUCGGAUAGAUUCAGCUGUGGGUUCAUCCGCGACCUGAUAAAGGGCGGCGCGGAUGUGAACCAGGUGGACAAUAAUCUGAAAACACCACUGCAUGAGGCAGUCAAGACAGGAAAGGGAGAUGUCAUUCGUGCGCUGGUGGAUGCUGGCGCGGAUACAAAGUUGGGUGAUCCCAGCUUCGAAAGACGUCUUCAGCGGGCGUUGUUUUGGGGAGGUAUAUCUGAGAAACUACCGUGGCCGCUUGGGAACAUAGCCUAA